GGUCCAUCGCAAUAUCACAAAAGCUGUCGCCGAUUGCUUGCUUGCUUGCUAUAUGUUUCAUAAAGGAGGCACUACUGUGCUCCCCAUCUGUUAGCCUGAGAGCCAGAGAGGGGAAAGCACUUGCCCAGGUUCUCACAAAUUAGGAUACUAAUUUGUAGUUGGCUUUUAAAAAAAAAACUCACAAUAUGCGUGGAACACAUUCCCAUGCCAAUAAGUAUUUUUCUAUCAGCUGUGUUGUAUUUCAGGUAGAUUAAACCAUACUUUGUUUGAUAAGUUCACCUGUGUGCUGGUUUGUUUGAUAUCCGUCUCCUUCCCUAGACUAAGUUCUGAGAGGCAAGCACCAUGGCUGGCUUGCUCACGACUGAAUCUCCAGCUCCUAAAACCAUGUCUGGUGCACGGUAGAUGCUCAGCCAAUAUUAGCUGAAUAAAUGAAUGAGUUUCAGGAGGAUGGAUUCCUGGUGCUGGAAGGAUUCUGGUCUGCAGACGAGUGUGUGGCUAUGCAACGGAGGAUUGGCGAGAUAGUGGCUGAGAUGGAUGUCCCUCUCCACUGUCGCACAGAAUUUUCCACUCAGGAGGAGGAGCAGCUGAGAGCCCAGGGCAGCACAGACUAUUUCUUAAGCAGCGGCGACAAGAUUCGGUUCUUCUUUGAGAAAGGCGUCUUUGAUGAGAAAGGAAAUUUCCUGGUCCCUCCGGAGAAAUCCAUCAACAAAAUUGGCCAUGCUCUGCAUGCCCAUGACCCCGUCUUCAGGUGUGUCACACACUCCCCCAAGGUGCAGGCUUUGGCCAGAAGUCUGGGCCUCCAGAUGCCUGUGGUGGUGCAGAGCAUGUAUAUCUUUAAGCAACCUCACUUGGGCGGCGAAGUCUCCCCUCACCAGGACGCCUCCUUCCUGUAUACGGAGCCUCUGGGCCGGGUGCUGGGCGUGUGGAUUGCUCUGGAGGACGCCACGCUGGAGAACGGCUGCCUCUGGUUCAUCCCGGGCUCCCACACAGGUGGAGUGUCGAGAAGGAUGGUCCGGGCCCCUGCUGGCUCGGCGCCUGGCACCAGCUUCCUUGGGUCCGAGCCAGCCCGGGAUAACAGCCUCUUUGUGCCCACACCAGUGCGGAGAGGGGCCCUCAUCCUAAUCCACGGAGAAGUGGUGCACAAAAGUGAGCAGAAUUUCUCCGACUGCUCACGCCAGGCCUAUACUUUCCACCUCAUGGAGGCUGCUGGCACCAUCUGGAGCCCAGACAACUGGGCUUGCCUUCUGCAGGUGUCUGUGCAGACAGGCAGGCAGGAGCAGGAGGCUGGGCUGGCUGCCUUCCCCGAGCUCUGUCUCUGUCUGUCCCUACCCCAACACAACCUCCCCCUAGAGGCAGUCUCACGGCCAUGAAAGGGUUCUGGCUGCUUCUCUAAUGGCUUCUCACUCGUUGUCUCCCGCCCCCCAUAGAACUCUUGGUCAUUGUGGUGGGAGACACUGAAUAAAAAAGACUUCCAAAUGCA